CGAAACGCUCUAAUUAGUUUGUAGUGUUUGUUUGAUUGUGUUACAGCAUUUUGUUUUGUCCAAUAAGAGACGUGCCAAGUGUACGUGAUAAUUUGAUUACUGUUUCCACAUGGAUAAGUCUGUCGUUUUCUUUAUUAUUGUGAUUCUCACAACCUUUCUAAAUAUUAUACAUGCGAAGAAGUAUGACCCAUCAAAUUGCGAAGUGUGCAUAAAGUUCGUUGGCUCCUUCAUUGAGUCACUUGAGCCUGACGAUUUUCAGUCACCACAGAAAAUCAAAGAUGCAUUUAUGAAAAGGUGUGAAACUUCAGUUGGAAAGGAUAAUAGUUUCUGUUAUUACGUUGGCGGCCUUAAAACAUCUGCGGCGAAGACUGUUAAUACUCUAGUUGAACCAAUUUCAUGGAAGAUGCCUGUGGAAAAGAUUUGUGAAAAACUGUUUAAAAUAGACUCUCAAAUCUGUGAUCUUAGAUACGAAAAAGUUGUAGAUCUUAAGGAGUUCAACUUUGAAAAGUCCAAGGUGAGAGAUCUCAAGAAGAUCAUAGAGAGAUGGGGGUUAGAAUGUCGUGGUUGUACUGAAAAAAGAGAUUAUAUCAGCUUGAUUAAAAGUAAUAUGCACAAGCAUGAUCCUGAAGCAGCAGCUUUUCUUCAAGCAAGAGGGGAGCUUUGAAUUUUUUUGAUAUGUUUUUAUGUACAAAGUUAUUUAUGAGUUUUUAGUUUUCAUAUAUUCGUUCACUUUAAUGAAAUAUAAUUUUGGUCCUUACUGUU